ACCUUAUCAUUGAGACAAUUGAAUUCAUAUUCUUAAUUCCCAUACCCCGGUCACAGUAUCCGACCGAGAUGGCAUCACUACCGCCAGAUUUAGAGGCAGUGUUCAAUGAACAUCCCCAAGAUCAAGAAGCAUUGCUGAAGGCUUUCAUGCCUGUCUUUUGCGACCACGUGCGAGCAGAUAGGAUCUUUCUUCAACCAAGAAAUCCAAGUACUCGUGUGUGUAAGAUCUUAAGAUGGCGCAGAACAGAUAGCAUUCCCUGGCCUGCUAUUCCCGGCGAUAUCAAGGAGGGUCAGUGGUUCAUCGAGGACAAUUGGGAGAACGAAGACCCUUUGUGGAGGGCUGCUUUACAACUAAAGCCAAGUAUAUAUGUCGAAGAUCUCGAGCAAGCGGCGAGAGAUGGGAUUCUCAAUCUUGACUUUGAGCGUAACUACAUGUUUCACACGGCAUUGAUUCAUGCUCAUGCUCAUUGGCCUCCUCUUCAGACAUCCGCAUCUCUCUCAAUUGCGGGAAGCCCCAAUGUUGAAGACAGAUGGUUUUAUGGUUCCGUCCAACCUGCUGUCUUUGAUGGACCUAGAGUGUGGUCUCCAGAGAUUCGUGAUCUGGUGGAGAAGUGCUUGGUGAGAAUUGCGCCAGUCAUGAAAGCAUAUGGGGAGCGUGCUCCGCCUCGGUCGAGCUUCGAAAAAGAGUGAUGCGUUAUCUUCAACACACAAUCUUAACUACGGUCCUGAAGGAGUGUCCACAAAGUAGUCAUCCUCAAACAAGAUAUCAUGCAU